AUGGUCGGGUAUCUGGGUGCUAAAGGUGUCAUAAGAUUGAGUCGGUCUGGUAUGUCGGGUCGGUUAAGUCUAUGGUUUGACGUUGUGACAAUGAGUGAGAUCAUUUUUGGGUCGUACUUCACUGGAGCUGCAGCCAUGGAGGAGCUUGUGCAGCAGACUCGCGAGGUUUUAGCGGGCAGACCGCCGACUUGUAACAUCUUCGGGCAGCAGUAUGCAUUUAACCUGUUCUCCCAUAAUGCUCCGAUUACUGAGAAUGGUUAUAAUGAAGAGGAGAUGAAACUUGUUAAAGAAACAAGGAAGAUCUGGAAUGAUACAGAAGUCAAAGUAACGGUGACGUGUAUACGUGUUCCGGUUAUGCGUGCUCAUGCAGAGAGUGUGAAUCUACAGUUUGAGAAUCCCCUGGACGAGAACACAGCAAGAGAGUUGUUGAAGAAAGCACCAGGAGUUUAUAUUAUAGACGACCGCACUUCUAACACAUUCCCUACUCCCCUUGAUGUCUCUAACAAAGACGAUGUCGCGGUUGGUAGGAUCAGGCGAGACGUGUCUCAAGAUGGCAAUUACGGACUGGACAUAUUCGUCUGUGGAGAUCAAAUACGCAAAGGAGCUGCUCUCAAUGCUGUUCAGAUCGCUGAGAUGCUCCUUUGAUUUCGAUUCCCUCACUUGGCAUGACAUCUCUGUAUCAGAUUUGAGCGAAGACUUUUGUCUCUUUUUUUUUGUUUCCCUUUGACGAAUUUUUGUUACUUUCUUAUACACGAAGUUGUCUCUGAAAAUUAAUCCAUCUCUACGCUUGAACCUUA